AUGAUGAACGGCUGGGAUGAGAAGCAGCACCUGGACGACGAUGCCUUUGGGGCUAAGGGGACCAUCGUCAGCGCCUUCGAUGCCUUUCCCAAGGCGAAACCUCAAUACGUGACACGUACGGCGGGCGGCGGAAAGUGGACUGUCGCGAUGACGGUCAUAUCAGUCUUCCUCUUCUGGUCUGAACUCGGUCGCUGGUGGCGCGGUACAGAGACGCACACCUUCGCCGUCGAAAAGGGCGUUCUGCACGAGAUGCAGAUCAACAUGGAUAUCGUUGUGCGCAUGCACUGCGACGACCUGCACAUCAACGUUCAAGAUGCGGCGGGUGACCGUAUCCUCGCAAGCAGCAUGCUCAAGCGCGACAAGACGAAUUGGUUGCAGUGGGUCGACAACAAGGGCAUCCACCGCUUGGGAAGAGACAGCAAGGGCAAGAUUGACACCGGCGCCGGCUGGCAGGAGGAGGAGGGUUUCGGGGAGGAGCAUGUCCACGACAUUGUAUCGCUCAGCAAGAAGAGGGCCAAAUGGGCAAAGACGCCCAGGCUCUGGGGCGACGGCGACAGCUGCCGCAUCUACGGCAACUUGGAUGUGAACAGAGUGCAGGGUGACUUCCACAUUACUGCCAGGGGCCAUGGCUAUAUGGAGUUUGGAGAGCACUUGGAUCAUGCCGCUUUCAACUUCUCGCACAUCAUCUCGGAGAUGUCCUUCGGUCCAUUCUACCCCUCGCUGGUAAACCCCCUGGAUCGCACGGUGAACCUCGCCAGGAUCAACUUCCACAAGUUCCAAUAUUACUUGUCUGUGGUUCCCACCGUCUACUCUGUCGGUCAUUCGUCGUCCAACCUCAUCUCCACGAACCAGUACGCCGUCACGGAACAGAGUAAGGAGACCGAUGACCAUAAUAUUCCCGGCAUCUUCUUCAAGUACGACAUCGAGCCUAUUCUGCUAUCCGUGGAAGAGUCUAGAGACGGCUUCCUCCAGUUCUUGAUGAAGAUUGUCAACGUUAUUAGCGGUGUGCUCGUUGCUGGACACUGGGGCUAUACCCUCACUGAGUGGUACAAGGAGGUCUUGGGCCGGCGGAGAAGGGAGAGAAGUGAGGGCUUCAUUGGCACAAAGAGCUCAGAGUAUGACCAGUAG